AUGCCAUCAUUGGAUCCAAUUCCGGCCCAGCGAAAUGAUCAGGUUGAGGCCAAUUCCGACGAUGAAGCCGAUCCUGAGUUGGUAGAGCUUCUUCGCCAGCAUUUCGGACUGGGCGAAAGACCAAAGGAUGCCCCACCAGAGACCAAAGUGCUUGAGGGGGCUCAGUAUGUCUUCGACAAUGCGAUUGAUAUCGCAAUCAGCCUUGCUGACACCAAAGGUGCUGCUGAAACUAUAUGGCGUAUGAUGCAGAAGAAAGAGUAUUCUACGCACACCUGGUCGGAGCACGAAUUACACCCACAGACCAAAGAUGAGAGCACAGUCGAUUUCAUCUUUACAAUGGACUUGUUGAAUUUUAGUUUCUGGUCUGAAGAGGAGGAAGAGCCAAAACGUUUCUGUAUUGAAUAUCGUGGUAAGCUCUGGACUGGCUAUUGGAGUCUGGUUGCUGCGCUACAAAGAGCUCUUGAUGAAGAUAUCCCAAUCACAACCCCCGACUUCUGGGUGGAUGAAGAGAGGUGCACGGAGGAUCUACUCAAACAUGUAUUCCGAUCUGCAACAGACGGAGAGAUUCCUAUGUUCAAGGAACGAGUGCAGUGCCUACGUGAAGCAGGCGAGGUCCUUUGCGAGGAAUUCGGCGGUAGCUUCGCCAACUGCAUUGACAGCGCCAAUCUCUCCGCCGCAGGACUAGUCAAUAUAUUGACAGAGAGCUUUUCCUGUUUCCGCGACGAGACAAUCUUCCACGGAAAGAGAGUCCGACUGUACAAACGUGCUCAGAUUCUAGUUGCCGAUCUCUGGGCCUGUUUCAAUGGUGAAGACUUUGGUGAAUUCCACGACAUUGAUAAGAUCACCAUGUUUGCAGAUUACCGCAUUCCGCAGAUGCUACACCAGUUGAACUGUCUUCGCUACGCACCUAAAUUGGAAAACCAUAUCCGUGAUCUGAAGCCCAUCGAGCCAGGUUCAAACUGGGAGAUCGAGCUUCGUGGAACGAGUAUCUGGUGUGUUGAAUUGAUCAAACGAGAGAUCGAAAAACAACACCCCGAGGUCAAAAUGAACCGCCAAACCCCCACUUCUUCAAAGAGUAUUUCAAACGGCAGUGAGAACCCCGAAACCGAGAACUCGGAUGAGUCGGGUGAUAAAUUGAAGAUCGUGGAAAAACCGCGAAAGACAUAUGGCAUCAAUGCGAUUCUCAUCGACUUCUUUUUGUACGACACGAUGAAGAGUCUAGAGGCAGAGAAAAAUGAGUCCAUUCCUCAUCACCGGACGAGGAGCAUUUGGUACUGA